GAACAAAUUCGGAAAGAUACGUACAAAUUAUUAAGAAAUAAUGUUUAAUUACUUAAGAUCUAAUUAUAUAUAACCUUACUUAGGUAUUAAUAAAUUAUAAAAGAAAUAUGACCUGUGUUAAUUAAACGUAAAGGCAUUUCUUUAUGUUGCAUGGAAAUUUUUAUCAAAUUUAAUAUAUUAUUCAGAAUAAUUAAGUCAAAAAACACAGUAUCUGUGGAUGAUCAAAAGAUGACCAUGAUUUGUUCGAGCAGCAUAUUAGCACAUUUAGUGAAGCUUUUUGUGACAUUUUGUUGUAUGAGAAUUCUCAAUAAUACAUAUGAUAAAACAAGUAUUUGGUCCUUUCGUGCCUUUCAAAUUCUACUUUCACAUGCCAUAGUGGGAGCAUUCAGAUUUGGAGCUCCACUUUUUAUAUCAGCAACUAAUAUAAUAAAAUAUUUAAGAAUCUUUUAUGAUUGGUACUCCAAGAUAGUGGAUGUUAUAUUAUUGGCAUUGUUUACUGGUAGUAUCCUGCAAGGAUAUGGGAUUAGUGAAAAAAUCCGACUUAUAAUACUUUCAUUGGGCAUCUUACCAGUACUUUUUCAUUUACAACCAAAGCGAAAAGAAAACCAAAUAAGAAGACAUCAAUUAUUAAUAAAUAUUACUACUACUUUGCAAUUGUUAAUGAUUAUGUUGAUUGGUUUGAGAAACAAUAAUUACAAUGUUAUUAGUUUAGUUAUGUCGUAUAUAUUUGAACGUUUUUUUAUUGAUGAAUUUUGUUAUUAUUAUGAUAUUCCAAGUACUGAUCUAACUCAAUAUUCUCUCUGUUUUGUAGAAAUUUUUAUGGUUUUGACAUUGAAUGAGAUGUAAAUGAUAAAAAUAUAAUAUACCUUUUAUGCUAGGUUCAUAAUGAUGCUAAUAAAUAACUGGAGAGCAGAUCAAACAAUUACAGGUUUGUUUGCUCGCAGUUUUUGGAUAA